AUGAUAACCAACGGUACAUCGGCUGAAGAAAAUCCAUAUGAUGAACUCCGAGCUAUAUUGGCAGCAAGAAACACAGCCGAGUUUAUUACAGAGACAACAGUUUAUGUGAUAAUCAACCUGAUGGCUUUGCUAGGCAACAUUCUUGUCUGCUUUAUCUUCUACAAAAAUCCAAAUUUACGAAGCGUUACCUAUCUGUAUAUUUUUGCGCUUGCCAUAUCGGACGUUUUUAUGGCAGCAUUUUGCAUGCCUCUCGUCUGGGGAGUAUUGCUAGUGGGUGAAUGGAGAUACGGGGGGGUAGUGUGUGGAUUUCAUGGCUUUGCUGUGCUUUUCUUGGCAUUCGUGUCACUGCAGACCAUAGCGUUGCUAGCCUUUAAUCGGUACUGCCGAGUGGUGAAGCCGUGGUUAUUCCGCAAGAUUUUCAAGAAGAAUUUCGUCGGUUUCUCCGUACUGGCUGUAGUUUCCUCAGCCGCAUUUUUCCUUGGCUUACCUCUUGCUACAGGCUGGGGUUAUUUUCAUUUCCAUUCUGGCAAGAUUACCUGCGUAUUAGAAUUCUAUCAUCCCGCCACAGAUAAGAUUUACACCGGCAUCCUGGGGCUGGUCAAUGUCGUUUUUCCAUUUGCCGUGAUAACUUUCUGCUACACUAAAGUGUUUUUGAAAGUACGAGAGCAUCGACAACGCUUUUCCUCAAUCACCUCCACAAACUUAAGACUGAGCGUUGAAGAAAUAAACAUCACCAAAACGUUAUUUGCCAUGGUGUUAGGCUUCACUUUGUGCUGGCUCCCUGUUUUCAUUAUCGAAUUCACGGAUGCUGUAACAGGAAAUCACUCCUUACCAAGGAAAGUGUAUCUCAUUAAUGUCUUCUUGGUUUCCAUAAGUGCUGCAAUCAACCCGGUCAUAUACGGGGUACUUAACAGAUCCUUUCGUGCGGGAUAUUGCGAAAUGUUCUCUUUUCGUGGCAGCUGCUUAAUGAGAGUCUGGAAUAUUCAAAAGGAACAAGAAAAUAACAGUAAACGUCAAAGUGCUGACACGUACAACUGA